AUGGAGAUGAACUCUCUGGAUGGCAGCAAGUAUCUACUGCUGAUCGUAGACGAAGCCAGUGGAUGCAUGAAGGGUUCCUACCUAAGUGCGAAAUCGGAGAGUGAAAACUACAUCACACGAUACAUCACGAUGGUGCAAGCGCAGUUUGGCAAGAAGGUCAAGUUCGUUCGACACGACGGAGCCCGCGAGUUCGCAACCGACUCGCCUCAAGAAUUCUACGAAGAUGAAGGCAUUGAGCAACAGACGACGGUGCCAUAUGCACACCAGACCAACGGCACGGCAGAGCGCGCCAUUCGAACCAUCGUCACAAUUGGUCGCAGCAUGCUCCACCAUGCUAAGCUGGAAAAGUGCUUCUGGGCCGAAGCAGCAAUGAGGGCAAUUUACGUCAAAAAUCGUCUGCCCUCGCCCAAAGAUGUACACAAGACUCCGUUCGAGAUCGUCCACAACUCCAAGCCAAGUGUCAAUCACAUGCGAGUGUUCGGUUGUCAGGUUUACAUACUGUCACCGGAGAAGAAGCGCCUCAAGUGGGACCCCAAGGCUCGCACUGGGAUAUUCUUGGGCUACGAAGAAGCAUACAAAGCGUAUCACGUUUAUGACAUCGAGGCGGGGCAAGCGGUCAUCAGUCGCGAUGUCAACUUUGACGAGUCCGCCUUUGGACUUUCGAUGCCAACCAUCGCUGAAGACGCCGAUGACCUUGAAUUUGACUCCCUCAAUCUGGAUGAUGAAGCGCCGGGUCAAGCGCAGUACAAGCAAACAGGCAAGCGCAAGAGUCGUCCCCAUGAUGAAGGAGUACUAGCUCCACCCACGCGCACAGUGCGUCAACGGCCUGGACUAGAAGAAUCAAGUGCGCCAGACAAUCACACAACCCAUCAAGAAGAAGAUGAAGAAACGAAUAAUGCUGAUGCAUCGACUACGCCUGUGUUUUGGCGUGUGAGUGCGAACGUCAUUGAAACAGCAGUGGACUUAUCCGAGCCAUCGACUUUUGAAGCUGCGGUGAGCGGUCCUGAUCAAGUGCAUUGGCGUGAAGCCAUCCAAGCGGAACUCGAGUCGAUGCGACUUCGUGAAGUAUUCCGCGCAUCCAAGCUGCCUAAAGGACAUCGCACCAUUGGUACCAAUUGGCUCUUCAAGAUCAAGCGCAAAGCGGACGGAUCAAUUGACAAGUACAAGACGCGUCUUGUGGCAAAGGGUUUCAAGCAGCAAAAUGGGAUGGACUACGCGGAAAAAUUCUCACCCGUGGUCAAGUACGUGACGCUACGCAUGGUGAUUGCAGUCGCCAAGUAUUUCGGAUGGACCAUCGACCAACUUGGCGUGGUGACGGGAUUCCUGUGCGGUGUCAUGAAGGAACAAGUGUUCUGCGUCAUCCCUGAAGGCGUGGAAUUGGAAAGCUCCUUCGAUUGUCUGGAGUUGGUGAAGGUAAUUUACGGCCUGAAGCAAGCUUCGCGAGUAUGGAACGAAACUUUUGACGAGUGUGUGUUCCAUUGGAUUUCAAGUGUCAGGCUUCGACCCAUGUCUCUACAUAAGGAUUGUGGAAGGGCAAUGUGUGCUGCUGCUGGUAUAUGUGGAUGA